UGCCUCUUUUCCUUUUUCACCGUCAAAAUUGACUGACUGGCAUGCAGUACACGAGCGCAUGCGAGACUGCCAAAGGACCCUUGCUGGCUCUGACAGUACAUUUUGGAGAGUUCCAAGUCUUCCCCAAAGCCAAUUUAUUCGUAGAGACCCCUUGCUUCGAGCACGAAUCGCUCUUGUUGCCGUUUAUCUGUCUUUUCGUUGAUCCAUGUCUGCCCUCUAAAUUCGUCGGUUCGGGACUCGUGGUUCACCGGUGCAUGCAAACGCUGGUCCCCUACACUCCGACUUUAAUUGCGUGUUCGUAUCGACAUGUUUGAGAAGAAAGAGAGCAGUAGUUUCGUCUUAUCCGAAUGAAGGCAGGUGGUGUUCUCUCGCUUCUCACUCCAGCCCGAGAUACAACAUCGCAUUUCCAUUGUGACAAAAAAAAAUCCAACAGAAGGCGCGGUGUUGCUUAAUAUACACUCGAACAAACGGCGGAUUAGACAUUGAUAGCGUGUUUUCUAACUUGGUCGAUGGUUCACAACUUCCGAAAAAAACGAACUGUUUCAUCAUCGGCUCCCGCUCCCGCGUCAAACAAGAGUUCCUUCCGCCCUCGGUGAGCACCAUGGCUACUCCUGCUCUGUCUCCCGGCGCGUGCGCUGGUGAGUUUUCGCCCUCGACCUUGCUCGGCUCUUCGCCAUACUUUGUGAUGCAGAAACACCCUCGCGUGGAGGCCCGGGGAUUCGGCUUAUAUUCGGCCAUGGCUUUGCCGGCGGGGUUUCGGUUCUACGAGGAGUCUCCGGCGUGUGUUCUGCAGCAUGCCAUGAACAAGAGCCUGGUGCGCGCGUGUUGUCAGUGCCAGCGCGUCGUGGGUCAUGCAGGGGCGCAGCUCCGGCACCUUUUUGCGGCGGCCAAUCCGGAGGUUUUGUCGGACUUUGACCACUUGCCAUCAGGCACAUUCCCCGACUCGUGCUUUGCCUCCGUCAUCGAGUGCCCUGGUGGCUGCGGGGAAGUGUACUGCUCCCAGGAGUGUCAGCGCGUGCACCUGGAGCGGAGCCACCGGUUUCUCUGUGUAGGACCUUUGAGCGAGACUCACCCGCUGGUCGCGUUCAAGAGACUCUGUCUGGAACAGACGGAAAUUCUGCUUCUGGCUGCCGAGGCCAUAUGCGCCGUGGUGACGCACGCAGUGGAGAACGUGUGUUUCCCCUUUCUCUCUGGCGGGCCGCAGCGUCCUGCGGACUCGUCGCUCUGCGACGGCGUAUCAGAGGCGGCUGAGAGAGCUGAACUGCUGCAUCGCGAGCACAGCCGCGUUCGGGAACUGGUCGGGGAGAACGCCCGAGAAGUCCGAACAGAGGCGGAGCGACUCUUCCGAGUCCUGCUGGAUUUUGCGCACGACCGGUGGGAGUUUCUAGGGGAAGAUGAGGGCGGCCUGGCGGAGGCGUCCAUCGCGCAUGAGAGGAAGGAUGUGCUGGACCUCGCGUGUCGCCAACUGUUCUCUGCGUUUUCAGGCGAUGGAACCGCUGGACUUCCGGAGGGAAAUCCCGCCGCCCAACAGCCUGGCGCGCAAAUUGUCGCCUCGUUUUUCCAGCAGUCAAGUGAACUUCUGUCGCGCAUCGCAGGCUUGCUGGAGAAAACCAACUCGCACGUGGUGGUGGCGUCUCCGCUGAACGCGUUUUUCCGGGGGUGGCUCGCGAAUGCCCCUCUCGCAGGGCAUUCCCGAGACGUCCUUGCGUUUCUGCUGAGGGAAAAAGAAGUUGCGAUGAUCCGCGCGCUCGGAGAAGAGGAAGACGAGUCAGACGAAGAAGAUGAAAUGGAGGAAACGCCCGAGCUUGUCGAGCGCCGAAGACAGCGGCGGGACCUUCUGUCAUCGCGGUUCGCCGACGUGCCCUGCGAGGCACUUUUGCCUGAAAGUACCGCGGACGAAAAGGCACAAGACCCAACAUGCGGGAAGGGCAACCGGAUUCGAGAGCUCGUCCGGCCACACGCUUUCCCCGAUGUCCACGGAACUGGGUUCUACCCGUCUAUAGGGCGAAUGAACCACUCGUGUGCACCCAACGUCCGCCUCGAGUUCCCAUACGGAACCAACAGAGUAGCGCUCGUGACAACGAGACCGGUACAGCCGGGAGAAGAGCUCUGCAUUUCGUAUGUGGACGGCAUCGAAACAAUGUCCGCCGAGGAACGGGAGGAUGCUCUUGAAGUCUUCGGCUUCAAGUGCAGUUGUGACGUGUGCUACCGGCCUCGGUAGACGGGAGGCGAAUGGCAGGCGCAGUUGCGUUCGGCGCCUUACAAAAAACCGUGGUGAGGAAGUCAACCCUUUGAAGACAAAAGAGUGUCAUCUACACCCGAUACAUGGUCACUGUGGGCCGUGAGACAAACCCCAG